CAAGGGACUCUGGGAAUUAGACAGGAAUACAGGAAGAGACACAAUUAGCCGUUGUGUUCUGUUUUUGUUCAGCAUUUUGGAGUCUUUAUCCUCGUCUGAGGUGGUGUGUGCUCAUGGGUAAGGUGAAGGUUGGAGUUGGGCCGUUCGCCCGAAGGCCUGAUAACUCGGCCUUUAAACAACAAAGGCUGCCAGCGUGGUCUCCCUCCCUCACGCCACACACCGUGCUGCCUAUCUUCUACUCCCUCUCUAUAGUGUGUGUGCUGCUGGGCGUGUGGCUCCUCAUCACGGUCCAGAACAUACAGCAGCUGAAGGUUGACUACACAGAUGCUGGUUCUUGUGGAAAAUGCUUAGAGAUGCGCAAGUAUCCCACCAACGCCACUACCAUGUGUAACUGUGUUGUCAACUUCAACAUCCCCAAGAUGUUCCUCGGGGACGUCUUCUUCUACUAUGGCCUGAUUAAUUUCCACCAGAACCUGCGCAGGUACAUGGACUCCCGCGAUGAUGCCCAGCUGGUCGGGAGGAAGAAUAGCCUGAAGGCCCCGAGUUCAUACUGUGAGCCGUUUGCUUAUGAUUCGAACGGCGUGCCUAUCGCCCCCUGUGGCGCUGUGGCUAACAGCAUGUUUAAUGAUUCAUUUACACUGAGGUAUCGUCCAUCUGAGGGACCUGAAAUAGAUGUUCCACUCAUCAGGAAGGGCAUCAGCUGGUACACAGACAAAAAUGUCAAGUUCCACAAUCCCAAAACUAACUCCACACUCCAGCAAGCCUUCCAAGGUACGGCUCGGCCUCUGUAUUGGCAGAGACCGGUGUAUGAACUGGACCCUAUUGAUCCCAACAACAACGGCUUCAUCAACGACGAUCUGAUCGUAUGGAUGAGAGAAGCAGCUUUCCCCAACUUCAAAAAGCUCUACGGCAUUCUGAACCGCGCUCCUGCUUCCUUCUCACAGGGCCUGCCUGCUGGCAACUACAGCGUCCUCAUCAGCUACAAUUUCCCUGUUCAGUACUUCCACGGCAGGAAGGAAGUCGUGCUCACCACGCUGACCUGGUUCGGUGGGAAGAAUCCCUUCUUGCCCAUCGCGUACCUAGUGAGCGGAGGUGUGAUCUUCGUCGUGGGCGUCGUUCUAACCGUGGUGUACGUCAAGGUGGGCAGAGACGGCAAGAACAUGGAGGAGUGACACGAGGAGCAGACGGAGGAACGUGGACGAUUAUGAAAAUCCAGACGAAGCCAGGAUAUAUUUAUUCUUGAUGCACUCAUGGAGGAAGAACUUUGUUGCAUUCUAAAAGUCGAUCCCGAAUUGUAAAGUUUGCUGAGUUAUGAAUGUAGACUGGAAUAUAAAGUGUCUAAUCAUUUGGAUGCGCAACAAAUGAAUUUUCCCCUAGAUUAUAUGUUUGAACUGAAGAUAAUGGUGGUGGAUAAUGAGAUAUUAAAAGGUCGAGCAUGGUGUCAGUGUUAAAAAGGAAAAAUAAAACUAUAUCUAAUCAGCUAUCUGUUGCUAGGAGCUACAGAGAAACUGGCUGCUGGUGGAAAAGUGAUAUCUCAGAAAACUGCAAUGUUAUAUAACACAGUGUCGAUAUCAUAACUUUAUCAUCCCCCAGCUUUAAUUCCUGCUUCUCUCCAGUAGAGGUCAGCUAAAACGUGACCUCAGAUCAGGCAGUGAAACAUAACUUUCGACAAAGGUGUUUAAGGUUUCGUUAAUGUGUAACUGUAUGUUUGUGCUAAAUAUUGUUUAGUGAAUAGUCUCAGAUCCAUGCUUCAUAGUCUCCUUUCAAGUCAUGAGAGUUUACAUUUCUACUGCCAUCAUUUGCAAACUGACAAAAAUAUUAGUGAUAAAUUAAAAAAUAAAAAAAAAGAA